AUGUUCUUGAUAAAAUGGCAAGAUCUCACAGAAAAACUUGUAUACAGAAAGUAUACAGACAUUUAUGAGUUUCAUAAAGCACUUAAAGAAAUGUUUCCUAUUGAGUCUGGAGAAAUUAACAAAGAACACAGAACUAUACCUCAUCUGCCAGCACCGAAAUGGUUUGAUGGUCUGAGGUCUACAGAGAACAGACAGGUCACUCUGGCUGACUACUGCUUGUCUCUACUCAACCUUCCUCCUAAGAUCUCCCGUUGUACUCAUGUUGUCCACUUCUUCAAAGUUAGACCUGAUGAUCUAAACCCCACAUCGAGCAAUAACGGUCGAAAGCCUGAAACUUUCUUGCUGAAGCAAGAAACCUCAAAGAAAAAUGUGUCAGAUAUAACAGGUCCCAUUAUACUCCAGUCCUAUCGAGUAAUUGCAGACUAUGAAAAAAAUUCUAAGAGUGAGCUGUCUGUGAAAGAUGGUGAUGUGGUUGACGUGGUAGAGAAGAAUGAGAAUGGAUGGUGGUUCUGCCAGAUGAAGGACAAACGAGGCUGGGUUCCAGCUGCUUACCUUGAGCCUCUUGACAGUCCAGAUGAGUCUGAAGAGCAAGAGCCUAACUAUGAAGGGGAAACGCAUAUUGCUACAAAAGAUUACACUGGUGAACUGGAGGAUGAAUUGGAUGUAAAGGAGGGUGAGACUGUUGAAGUUAUUCACAAACUCCUUGAUGGCUGGUGGGUUGUCAGAAGGGGCAGUGUAACUGGCUACUUCCCUGCAAUGUAUCUGCAGAAUUCAGGGGAAGCCGUUUCUGGAGAGAGAAGUCAAACAAAGACAAAGGGAUUGCCCCCCCGAAGAGGCACAAUUUCAAAUGCUAACAGUAUCCACAAGCAGAAACGCAAAGAAAUCAGCCAGGAAACGUACAGGAGAAACAGCAAAAGAUAUCUGAAAGCACGUCAGUCUAUAAUUGAGGCUGUGGAGACUAUGACUAUUGGUAGUACAGAUGAAGAAAAAGAGGAAGACAAAUCAAAAGCCCAACCUGCUAUUCCUCCACGGCCAAGCAAAAAGCUCAUUUUGGAUCGUUGUUCAGAGAACACAAAGCUCAAGAUCCAAACAGUGACCUAA